AUGGAUUCAGAGAUGGAAAUUGAGAAGCGUUUUAUUAAGAACCUGGACAAGGGCAAAGAUAAAAUCGACGCACAAUCAUUUGUGCCAUUUCUGUUCCCCUCGGGCGCCAAUGCGGCAGGAGCCGAGUCGGGUGACAGGAUCACCGAACUGGAGGUGCUCUUCGAUGCGCGCACGUUUGGCGAGCAGCUUCAGCAGGGCAUGAAGGACCUCUUCUUCAACAGCCACCUGAGCGACAUUACGCUCAUCGUGGGGCGCGAUGCGGAUCGCAUUCCUGCACACAAAUUCAUUCUCUACGCGUGGAGCCCCAAGUUCCAGGCGCAGUUGAAGGAGUUGGGCGAGGAGGGCAGGGAGCUGCACGUGGCGGUCGAGGGCGACGACGCCGCACAGCUCUUCAAGAUGAUGCUCCAGUACAUGUACACCGGCACGUCCGACCAGAAGAUCAACGAGCGCAACGUGAUGCCGCUCCUCCAGCUGUGUCACGAGUACGGCGUCGACCCGCUCAAGGAGGAGUGUGGCAACUUCCUCUUCUCCAACAGUGAACAGGUCAAUGUGGCCUAUCUGCUCGACGUGGCCGACAAGCACGGCAUCAAGAAUCUCGAGAAGCGGUGCGCCGAGUACCUGGCGGCGAACUUCUCCGACUUCAUCGAGAGCGACGACCGCAUGCUCAUGCAGCUCAAGACCUCCACCUGGCUGGAGCUCGUCCAAAGCGAUGAAAUCGAGGUCACCAGGGAGGAGGAAGUUUUCAAUGCCGUGCUCAAGUUUGCCGACGUAAACGGCAAGACCGCCGCUGAGACGCGAGACAUUCUGAACCAGCUGCUGCCGCACAUCCGCUUCACCCUGUGCUCGCCCAAGUUCAUCAUCGAGGAGGUGGAGACCAACCCGGAGCUGAUGCAGGUGCCCGUGUUGAAGAGCCUCCUGUUCGAGACCUUCCGCUACAAGGCCAACCCCAAGACCCCGUUCCUCUUCACGCCCCUCAACACCAAGCGCAGGAAGGCCAACUUGAAUGUUAUGCUGCAGUGGGACAAGGACCAGCCGUUCACCCACGGCGUGUACACACUCGAAAACGAGGAACUCACGGCCCACAAGUCUUCCAUGCCCGGCACGAUCUACGUUCUGCGCACCAAGACCAAGCUGGAGGGCAGCGGCUCGUUCUACUGGGAGAUCCAAAUCGACCAAACCGCCGGCAAUCAGGAGCUCCACAUCGGCAUUGCCGAGGAGCACUUCAACUUCCACACGGCGUACCUGCGAGCCAACGGUACCCAUUAUAUCGAGCGGAGCGGCGGCAUCAUGCAAGGCCACACGCAAGUCGUGCAGGGCCCCACCCUGAACACCAACGACAAUGUCGGCUUUGCGCUGAACCUGGACGACGCCACGCUCCAGAUCUUCCACAACGGAACCCCUGUGCAUACCUUCACCGGCGUCACGGGUCCGGUGUGGCCGUGCGUGGCGGCGCGUGACGUGGGCACCAAGCUCACGCUCGUGGGCAAGAAGCCCAAGAUCUACCAAUUCCCGUCUCUCCCCAAGUAA